AGUGCUCCAUCUCCCUAGGGUUUUUCUCUCUUUCUUCUUCUUACCAACGUUGAUUGUUCUAUGAACCGGACCCUGCAAUUCUGAGUCUUUUUCUUCUCUCUCAAGGAUGAAGGUCAAGGUGAUUUCGCGCUCCACUGAUGAGUUCACUCGUGAAAGAAGCCAAGACCUGCAGAGGGUAUUUCGGAACUUCGACCCCAGUCUCCGAACGCAAGAGAAGGCGGUUGAGUAUGUCCGUGCUCUUAAUGCCGCGAAAUUGGACAGGAUGUUUGCAAAACCAUUUAUAGGAGCAAUGGAUGGGCAUUUGGACUCUGUUUCUUGUAUGGGAAAGAAUCCUAAUCACUUGAAAGGGAUAUUUUCCGGUUCGAUGGAUGGAGAUAUUCGACUAUGGGAUAUAGCUAACAGGCGAACAGUUUGUCAGUUUCCUGGACAUCGAGGUGCUGUUCGUGGCUUGACGUCAUCUACCGAUGGGCGCAUUCUGAUAUCAUGUGGAACAGAUUGCACUGUCAGGCUGUGGAAUGUUCCAAUUCCUACUCUGAAUUUGUACGAGUCCUCAGAUAAUUCCUCUGAGCCUCUGGCAGUUUAUGUUUGGAAGAAUGCUUUCUGGGCUGUUGAUCACCAGUGGGAUGGAACUCUUUUUGCUACAGCUGGUGCUCAAUUAGAUAUUUGGGACCACAACAGGUCUCAACCUGUGAGCAGUUUUGAGUGGGGAACAGACUCAGUAAUCUCUGUUCGUUUUAGUCCUGGAGAAUCCAAUGUCCUGGCAACAUCAGCUAGUGAUAGGAGCAUUACAUUGUAUGAUUUGCGCAUGUCAUCCCCAGCAAGGAAAAUAAUUAUGAGGACAAAGACAAAUUCUAUUUGUUGGAAUCCAAGGGAGCCAAUGAACUUCACUGCUGCAAAUGAAGACUGCAACUGUUAUAGCUACGAUUCUAGGAAACUCGAUGAGGCAAAAUGUGUGCACAGAGACCAUGUUUCUGCAGUAAUGGAUAUUGAUUUUUCACCAACUGGUCGAGAAUUUGUUACUGGCUCAUAUGAUAGAACAAUAAGAAUUUUCCCGUAUAAUGGGGGUCACAGCCGUGAGAUAUAUCAUACCAAAAGGAUGCAAAGGGUCUUCUGCGUCAAGUUCAGCUGUGAUGCAAGUUAUGUGAUAUCAGGGAGUGAUGACACUAACCUUCGGCUUUGGAAGGCUAAAGCAUCUGAACAAUUAGGAGUUCUUCUUCCGAGGGAGAAAAGAAAGCAUGAAUAUCAAGAGGCUAUUAAGAAUCGUUAUAAGCACCUUCCUGAGGUCAAGCGGAUUGUGAGGCAUAGGCAUUUACCAAAACCGAUAUUCAAAGCAGCUGCCCUCCGGCGCACUAUUAUCGAUGCUGAAAGAAGGAAGGAAGAGAGGAGGAAAGCUCAUAGCGCUCCAGGAAGUAUUUCAACUGUACCGCUCCGUAAGAGAAGAAUUAUCAAAGAAGUUGAGUAAACUAACCAUGAACCUGGAGGAGGAGGGGGUAUUGCUGGUUGCUUGCAGUUAUUCGUGCCAGUUCAAAAUUGUUACAGUCAAACUCCCGAGCUUCAAACAAUUCAUGAGCGGUAAGUUACUUAACAUUAUGGCACUUUCAGGCACCAUGAGCUCACGAGAUUUCACGAAGACCCCAUCUCAUGACUUCGACUUACAGUUGGAGAGAAGGAAUCAAAAUUUUGCCGCAUUGUACAAAUUCUUGAUUGUCAGAUCAACUAUUUGCUAUAGUUUUUUCUACAGUUUUAUUGCUGAUAAAGUGAGUAAAUUUUUUUUUUCAGCUUGCUACAUAUUCUCUUCUUGAAUUUGUUAAAAGCUGAUCACAUUUCGGUUCUGUACUAGUCUUCUAAAUGUUCGUGAACUAUAUAGAGCCUGUAAUACCCACUAGGAUCAUGAGGACUGGUUUUAGUUUCCAACUUCUUAAAGAUUAAAGUUUAAUAUAUAAUAGCAAAUCAGCAUAUUGCUGCGUAAUACUCGAAA